GGUCAGAAGGCAUUCGGUAUGAAAGCCUUCAGCAGCAAGCGGGASGGGAAUGCUUCGAGGAUGCUCUUACCCAUUGAAUUCCUCACCAAGACCAAUGGGUAUAGGAGAAGUGGUCAAUACCCRACGGUCUCCGCUGGUUACCAGCUCUCGUUGCCUCUUGUGUCGUUCGACGCUCCAGGAGAAAGUCUCGCAGGCUUGUCAGCGUGCUCUAGCGAUCGGCGGCAGGAUGUCUCGACUCCACAACCAUCUGUGUCCGCGAAGGAGAAACUCAUUACUUACCAGAGGCGUCCGAGCGGUGGGUCAUCGGGAAACGUUCCGAAGAGGAAGGUGCUCGACAAACCACCUUCCAGUCUUCCGGGAAGCUCGCGUGCCGGUAGAAGCUCGCGCUCGUGGGACACCUCCCAACGUCGAAUGGACGAGGAGUCAAGCGAGAAGAUGGAGGACGGUGAACGGAUUCGCCGAUUGCAAUCCCUGUCACUAGCCACGCGAAGGUUCACCCAGGGCGAAGGCUCUUGCGAUGUGAAUGAAGAGCGGGAGGAUAGUAGAGGUGACGAAGCCCGGGCGAGGGGCGAUGGAGAAGACGAUGAGAAUGAAGGAGAAUGUGGUGGUGGGCAGGACCACAUGGAUUGCGAAAAGGCAGCGGCAAGCGGCGGGGUGCUCGGUGGUAAUGUGGGUGGCUCGGAGAUGGAAGACCAAGAGAUGGAAGAUGAGGAAAUGGAAGACGAGGAAAUGAAAGACGAAGGACAGGAUGUCGAUGUUUCCGCGGAGCUUACUUCGAAGAGGAGGGGAAAACGCACAGCGGAAUCGUCGCCGAAGCGAGCCGCGCCUAAGAAGCAGGCUCGAAGAAAAGUUGUGCAGGACGCUCGGCUCGCCUUGGAUGCAGCUGGUGGUACGGCUGGUGAAGCCGGUGUGGAAUCCAAAUCCAAAGCUCGGGUUCGCAAAACGUCGCAACCCAGGAAGCCUGUGCGGCCGUCGAGGCACCCGAAAUCGGAUGACUCGAGCGACGAUGCUGAAGGGUGUCUUCAGGAGCUGGAUAGCCUAGAACCAGAGGCCGGGUGAUUCCCGGGGUUUAGUAGUCCAUCCCAUGUCGUGCUGACGUGGUCACAUUUUGGCUAAUGGAUGGUAGAUUCCAGA